CCAGGGAGCAGAGCACAGGCCAGCUGGCUUUCUCGCUCGAGCUGUGGCGACUCUUUUGCCAAGCUCUCAAAGCCCCAGGUUCAAAUCCACUUGCAGGUGGUUCCACCUGCUCUUGUCCCUGGGGAGGGGUCAUGUGAGGGCCAGGUGCCAUUUCCUUUCUCUGCUUUGCCCCGCAGAGCCGGGGGAGCCGAGGGCUGAAGAGGGGGGCCCUGGAUUUACUUUCAACUUUGCCAGCCUCCGGGAGAUCUUCAGAGAGUUCUUCAGGGGACGAGAGCCCUUCUACGGCAUGCCCGGUGAUGGGAGGAGAGCCACAGACACAGCCCGCACGGAAUCCUGCCCUGGCUACGAGUCACCCGAGAUCUAUGAGAUUUAUGGCGGGUGGAAGGAGUCACACAAGGGGUAUGAGCCACAAGGUGCAUGGAAUGAGUCUCAGUACGAGUCAGCCCCCGGAUACGAGCUGAACCAGGCGUACGCGGCCCACAACAGACCAGGGACGCCCCCCGGAUACGAGCUGAACCAGGCAUACGCGGCCUACGACAGAGCGGGCUCGGCCCCCGGAUACGAGAUGAACGAGGCGUACGCGGCCUACGACAGAACGGGGACGCCUCCCGCAUACGAGAUGAACGAGGCGUACGCGGCCUACGACAGAGCGGGGACGCCCCCCGCAUAUGAGAUGAAUGAGGCGUACGUGUCGUACGACGGGUGGAACGUGGCACCAGGCAGAGCGGAGACGCCCUCCGUGUACGAGCUGAAUGAGGCGUACGUGUCGUACGACGGGUGGAACGUGGCACCAGGCAGAGCGGAGACGCCCUCCGUGUACGAGCUGAAUGAGGCGUACAUGUCGUACGACGGGUGGAACGUGGGACCGAGCAGAGCGGGGACACCCUCCGUGUACACCUCACACGACGGGUGGAGUGGGCUGCAAGACCGAGAGAAGUCAGCUCUCGUGUACGAGCUGCUGAGCGCAUGGGGCAGGGGCCGGGCCAGGCCGGAGGCAGCCCCUGGAGACAGGUCCCACGAGGCACGUGCAUCGUGUGAGGACUGGCGUGGGACACGAGCCCGGCCCGAGCCAGCCCCGAGUCCUCAGAUGUGUGCCGGGUGGAACAGGCUGCAAGCGGGCUGCAAGGAAGGGGUGUCCAAGGAGCUGGCCGUGGGCUCCGACCCAGCUCUCAGACCCAUGUCCCCUCACGCGUGGCAACGAGCAGGGGCUGUCCGGAGCCAGGGCUGAUGAGGAGAGUCGACCCCCAAGUGGAAAGGGGGAGCUGCCUGGGGGCAGGAGGCUGCCGGACAGGGCAAGGAGGCCGUCGGAUGGGAUGGAGAGGUUCCUGGGCGGGGUGAAGAGGCUGCUGGAUGGAACCAAGAAGCUGCUGUGUCGGCGGAGUGAGCUCCAGGGGGGAGCCAGCCCCGUCCCGGGGGAGCCACCGGGCUUCUCCAGGGAGUCCGAGGGAGCCGGGUGGCUCCCGGAUAUCGCCCGCUGGCCGCAGGCGGAGCUGCCUCCGGCGCGGGGCAGAACCAGCCAGCUCCCGGGCACAGCCACUGGGCACCGGAGCGCCAGCAGCAGCCCACCCCACGGGACAAACCUGCCGGGCCGGCCCCCGGGGGGCACGAGCCGGCUCCCGGACAUCACCAGCCACCUCCUAGGCCAGACGCGCCAGCUCCCAGGCAGGAGCCACCUGGGGGAGCAGCCGUGGGGGCCCAGCUGUGCCCAGCACUUCUUGCUCGCCAGGCUGGGGCGGAUGCUGUGAGCCCAGGCGCCGGGGGAGGCCACGGGCAGAGCAGUAAACCCUGGGCCCACAGCUCUUAGGUCUGUGCCUG